AUGCCCUCCGAGUUGUCGCCCGCCGACGCUCAGCGCUGGGGCAGACGUUUCGACCGGAUGCCCAUCUCGACGAACCCCGUGAUCGCCAACCUCGACGUCGAACACAAUGAACUCGCGCAAACAUGGAAGACCUUCAACCGCCAUCUGCCGCCGGAGGACCUCGUCGGCUGGGAGGAACGGCCGCAGACGGCAGACGAUGUCCGCGCUCUCGUGCGCAAGAUCGAGUUGUUCUGGACGUCGCGGCCGCGGCAACGGAUAUACAGCCAGGCCAGGGCUCUCUGUGACAAAUUCCUCCCCACAAUCGAGACCCAUGCGUCCUUGCUCGCCUUGCUCCCGGAUGCUGAGUCCUAUCAUGGCCCAACAUUCUAUGGAGUGUUGCAGUCGGUGCUGAAGGCAUCGUCGCACUAUCCUCGCGUGAUGGAGGGGUUGCUUUCGGCCCUCCUGAACAUCCACAGCGCCCUGGACGUCCCCCAACAUUUCCUCACCCCCGCCAACAUAGAACCGAUUGCCAAAGUCUACACCCUGAUUUUUUUCUUUCUCACCGAGUUCAUGGACUGGUAUGUGCGGCGGUCCACGUGCCAAUUGUUGAAGAGCCAUAGCCAGGAUACCUACUCGGAAUUUCACCACCUGGUAGAUUGUAUCCAACGGCAGGCGAAGACGCUCACAAAUUCCCCCGACGAGAUGGAUGUCGAUGAGGACUGUGACGCGGCGUAUAGCCCGCGGGCGCUGUGGGAACACUCGCAGCUGAGCCAAGUUGGUCGCCAGGGCACGGAGCGCCGGAUUGCCGCGCAGAAUACCAUCACUCGCCGGCUGAUCUGGGAGAUCCAGCAAGAUGCGGAGGAGCGAGCCCGAAUCAAGGAGCAGAGGGCCCAGCUGUUGGCGCAGAUGUUGAGAAAUGUGAGCGAGCAGCUGCGCCCGGUCAGCGAGCAGAGUAGCGGCAUCGUCUGCCUGACGACGGCUGCCCCAGAUAUUGUUACAUCGGGCUUUGAAUGGUCUCGCGGAUCCAAGCGUCGUCUUGCUCGACUCGAACUCCAAAGCGCAUCCAAGGAUCUCCAAAAGUUUUUCGACAGCGAUGACCAGAUUGCCGACUUUGAUUCGGAGGUGGAAGUUACCGCGGAGGACAACGUGGUCACGUCGCUACAGAAGUGGGCUACCAGUCCCCGGUCCCAGGCCCUCGCCGUUGGCGGAUCUCAUUCGACCGAGUUCCCUAGUCCCGUGGCCUUGAUAUCGGCGUGUUAUGCCUCCUUCGCCCGUGAUGCCCGACUGCCUGUUGUCGCCCACUUCUGCGCCCUUCCGACAGACGAGGUCCAGGGAAUGACCCCACACCAACAAGGACUGAUCUCGCUCACCUACAGUCUCAUCCGGCAACUGAUCGAUACGCUGCCGACGGUCGUGGACAGUGAUGCAUUGCUUGAUCUGAGCGCCGAGAGAUUCCGCCUGCUGGACGGCACUCUGUCCAGCUGGAAAGCAGCCCUAUCCCUUGUCGAUACUCUUCUCCACUUUCUCCCACCCUUGCUUGUCCUCGUGAUCGACGGCAUCGACCGGAUUGACGACCCGUCAACGGAUACCGCUGUACGAGAGUUGAUCCGGGUGCUGCUCACUCACACCCGGCAUCAGCCCCAAUCCGUGGACAGCGAUAGUCACGGCCAGCCGUUCCUAUUCAAGGUACUCUUCACCGUCGCCGGACGGCCAAGUGCACUGGUCGAGACGAUGUCCGAAAAUCAACUCGUCUUGAGCGAACCAAGCCAAGCAGAUGACCCCGCGCCCUCCGAUACGGUGCUGACAUCCGACUUGGGCGCAGUCAUGAUGAAUGCCUGA